AUUUUGAGCAGGCAAUCCAUCUAUUGCCUAAAUGUAUUGAAUGAUUUGAAGUUUAAUUUAUUAAAUACAUACAUAAAAAUGUACAUAUAUUUUCUUUUCUAAACUAUGAGUUCACGAAAAUUUAAAAAUCUUAUGAAUAUCCGCACUUUGAUAAAGGAUUCUUCCAAAACACCAAGGGAAUCCUUAAAGACGCAAACAAAUGUAGAUAAAGCGAAAUCUUUGGCUGUACCAGUUACAGGUAAAGAUGCACCCCUUAUGAAAACAAUUCAAAUUUAUCGAUGGCAGCCUGGCGAAAAACCGAGACUUCAAAGUUACCGUAUAGAUCUACGGAAAUGCGGAGUAAUGGUUCUGGACGCCAUCAUUAAAAUAAAAAACGAAAUGGACCAAACUUUGACUUUUAGACGUUCGUGUCGUGAAGGAAUCUGUGGAUCAUGUGCUAUGAAUAUCGGGGGAAUUAAUGCUUUGGCUUGUACGAGUAAAAUUGACAGAAAUCCCUCACGAGUAUUAAAGCUUUACCCACUUCCGCAUAUGUAUGUUGUCAGGGAUCUCGUUCCAGAUUUGGGUCACUUCUAUGCACAGUACAGCUCUAUAAAACCAUGGUUACAACGUAGGAAUACUACUAAAAGCUCAACAGGAAAAGCACAAUAUUUACAACACGUUAAUGAUAGGAAAAAAUUGGAUGGAUUAUAUGAAUGUAUCCUUUGUGCUUGUUGUACUUCCUCGUGCCCCUCCUAUUGGUGGAAUGGCGAUAGAUACUUGGGACCAGCCGUUUUAAUGCAAGUAUUUCGAUGGGUUGUAGACUCGCGCGAUAACAAUACAGAUGAACGCUUGAAACAGAUAAGUGAUCCCUACAGCCUUUAUCGUUGUCAUACUAUACUUAAUUGCACUAAUACUUGUCCAAAGGGACUAAAUCCUGGUGAAGCUAUUAUUAAGUUGAAACAAAUGUUAAGCUUUAAAAAGAAACAAAGUCCUUUGCUAGAUACAACCAAGCUUCUAAAGUAAGUUAUAAGAAAAACUACGUACAAGGAAAUGGAAAUAAGUUUCAAUGUUAAAGGACAAUAAAUAUUUUGAAAAAUAUAAGUUGACUAAAUGAAAUUAAUUUUAUUAAGCACAUGCAUAUUCACAUUCAUACAUACAUGCGUAUGUACAUAUGUAUAUAUAACAAUGUUAUAUCAAAAACCCGAAAAAAAUAAUUUGGCUUAAAUAUAAGCAUGCAUACAUUUUCUAAAAAAAUUAAACAUUUUUUGAAUUUCCCAUAACUUUUAUAUUGAAUUUUCCUAUGUUAAUAGAUAUGGAGUAUGUAUAUUUGUAUGUAUUUAGAACUAACGUCUAACUCGCAAAUUUUUGAUUGUGAAUUCUUAAUACAUGUGAAUAAAUGCAAUGAUUGUUAAAUUUAAAAAAA